AUGCCUCCCAAGCUCAACCUUCGCUCUACCGCUGUCAAGCGCAUCAUGCAGGAGGCCGCAGAGCUCUCUGAACCCGAUGAAGACUUCAUCGCACAGCCGCUCGAGAGCGACAUCUUUGAAUGGCACUGCACACUGCGCGGAGUGCCCGGGACAGAGUACGAAGGCGGUCUCUAUCAUCUGCGCGUGCUUCUUCCGGCGACGUACCCCAUGAGCGCUCCCGAUAUCGUCCUCAUGACGCCGAGCGGACGAUUUGAGCCAGGCAAGAAGAUCUGCAUAGAUGGUCUCACUUCAUUCCACGCCGGGUCAUGGCAGCCUGCCUGGGGUGUGCGCACCGCCAUGGCGGGCCUGCGAUCCUUCUGGACUCAAGGUGGAGAAGCGCUCGCCGCGAUCGGCGCGCUGGACUAUCCGAAGGAAGAGCGCCGCAGACUGGCCAAACUGUCUCGAGAUUGGGUGUGCCCGACAUGCGGAGUUCCGAAUCACGAGCUGUUACCAGAUGCUCAAGUAACAGCAAGUGCUGAGGCGUCAGGAUCAGGGACGUCUGGAGCAGCGCAAUUUGCGGAGGCUGGGGCGGAGGCAACGGAGAGGAGCGAACUCGCUGCGGAAGGAAAUGCACGGCCAGACUCGUCUGAGUCUGAUCAGGGAGCGGUGACUACCCCUCCGCCGGGUCCCUCCAGCGCCGCCGCACCGACUGCUGUCCCCCUUCCUCCUGUCCAUGGGCCAACGGCUGCUGCAGUGUCAACGGAAGUCCCUCCUCCUGUCAUCACAGUGCCAGCGCCGGUGCCGACGCCGACGACAACGGCGCCAGUGGCCGCACCCGCAGCGGCGCCCGUGCAACCUACACCCGUACGCACAGGAGUGUCAUCAUCUCCGCCGCCGCCCCAACCUGGCUCGCGCCCUGUCCCUCCUGCUCGCGCUGCACCUCCAGCUUCCUCCUCGCCUCCGCCGCCCGCUCCCGCUGCUCGGCCUCAGCCGCCAGCGCCUCCCGCUGUCACCGGAACCCCUUCCCCAGCUGAAAGCGGUCAAGUUGCGACGGAGCCCGCUCGCCGUGGGCAGCGUGCCCCGAGUGGCAGCCCACUCUGGCUCGACGGCACUAUUGCGGCCUGCGUCGCUGUCCUCAUCUACCUGCUCGCGAAGCAGUAG